AUGUUAAGUGCCGAUCUGCCGAAGCAUCGACUGGGAUUCCGGGUUUUUGUUGCGUCUUGCAUAUUCACUACAGCCACCAUAUUUGCCGUUUUAUGGGAUGAGCGGCGUCAACGAGAAAGACGACAAGAGGGAGUGAAGUACCGCCUGAAAGCGAUUCAGCAGAAUGAAAAUAUGGCUGAGUACGAAUUGCAGAAGAAGCGAUAUGAAGAAUAUAAGCAAUCGAAUUCGUAG